AAAUUUGGAGAGGGAGAGAUUUUUUUUUCCGACAGGCUGUCAAUUUUGAGUUGUUCAUAUUUGAUAUAUUUACGAUUCUUUUGAGAUUGGAUCUAUACGAAACGAUAUCAAGAUGGUUCCUCCGACUCAGAAUUUGAAUUUAGAUAUUACUGCUAUCUCGGGGAUAUGUGGUUCGAUAUCGAUUGCUUGUUGGAUAGUGGUUUUUAGUCCUCAGAUUAUUGAGAAUUGGAGACGAGGUUCGGCUGAUGGAUUGUCUCUACAAUUCAUUAUUAUAUGGCUUGCCGGUGAUGUUUUCAAUAUCUGGGGUGCUGUGCUCCAAGGUGUUCUUCCAACAAUGAUUAUCCUCGCCGUCUACUACACCAUAGCAGACAUAGUUCUUCUAGGUCAAUGUUUCUACUAUAAGGGCUUCACCUGGCGUGACGAAGUUAAGCCACCACCACCAUCCCCACCCAAGCCCACCUACGCAGCAAUAGCAGCUAGCACACCCAGCGAAACUACCGCUCUCCUCAAUGGCUUAGAGAGAAGACACAGCGGUACCUCUGUCUCAGCUCAACAUCUCUCUCCCGUUGUUCCGCUUCUCGACCCUUCUUCUAACGAUACGCCCACCACCACCAAGAAAGCCAAAACUUCCCCAAUGCAGACUUUCCUCUUCAAUUUCUUUAGCAUCAUUCUUGUCUGCAUUGCCGGUGUUCUCGGCUGGUGGAUCUCCAACUCCUCUACCGCACAAUCCCACAAAACACACGAUAAACACUCAUCCACUCACACCAGUCCAACCUUUUCCCCUUUGGGGCAAACCUUCGGCUACCUUUGCGCCAUCCUCUAUCUCAGUUCUCGAGUCCCUCAACUUCUCCUUAACCAUCGUCGUAAAUCUACUCAGGGAAUCUCAAUGCUUUUCUUCUUAUUCGCUUGUAUUGGAAAUCUGACCUACGUCCUUUCCAUCUUCGCUUACGAAGCCCCCUGUCUGACAGCUUCAAGACAUGGACACUCAAAGUGCGAAAGUGGCGAAGCACGAUCCGAAUAUCUUCGCUAUAUUGCUGUAAAUGCGAGUUGGUUGGCAGGGAGCGCGGGUACGUUGUUAUUGGAUGCGGGAGUUUUCGUUCAAUUCUUUUUGUACGGAGAUGGAGAGGGAAAGAUGGUGGAAGAGGAAGCGGCUGUGCAAGGAAAUGGCGAGACGAAUGGUGUUGUGGCUUAA